AUGAAAAUAGACAAUAAGCAACGUUUGAGCAGUUACGAUACCCCCGCACAAGUACCAGCAAAUAUCUUGAAUAUCGACUUGAGUCAUGCUGUAUCCAGCUACCACGGGGGCCAGCUCAGCAUGAGCGAUCUACCUCCCGAACUUCCAGUGUUUAAAAACGGCCGACUAGCAAGAUUUGUGACACAUACUCCAAAGCCUCGAGCCGUGAGUAUGCCUGCAAAUCUCAAACAAUUGCCUAGCGUUCCAAAAAAGCCAACACUAAUGUCUCCAACUUCAAGGCCUAAGCCUUCAGGAACUCCAGCACGGGUAUUUUCUGAAUUGCCGCCAGUUCCAUCAAAAUCACCAGCACCCGUCCCGUCACAAUUACCACAUUUACCAUCACAAUUACCACAGGUACCAUCACAAUUACCACAAUCAUCGUCACAAUUACCAUCACAAUCACCAUCGUUUCCAACAUUCAACGAGCCACACAUGUCGUUGCCUCCCAAACAAAAAGCAGCAUCUUUAAGCUCGCACGACUCGGACUCACAAUUUUCAUUGAGCAGUGGAACCAAUGCCAGUAGUAUGUCUGGAACCAGUCUGAGAAUCCUCCAGUUUGUCGACACUUAUGUUUCGGAGAGCUCAGACAGCAUUAUAUCCAAAUACGAAAGAAUCGUUGAUCCGGAUGUCUAUACGUUAUCCGGGGUUACUACCGACAGUCUUUUCAGCGACGAUGAACUUCAAGGACGACAGCUUCUGACCAGAUCAGAAAAAAGUCUACCUGAAUUGCCUCUUGCGCCGCUUCCCCAAUUAAAAUUGCGAAAAAGACAGCCUCGCAAAUGUACUGAUCACCAGUCGUUAUCUUCCGCUCAAAGUAAGGCAUCGAGAGUCUCCAGCAAUUCUCUUCAAGAGUCCAAGGCGGAGAUCAAAGCCACUGUACUUCGAAAGCCAUUCGAGUAUUGUCUUGACUCAUCAAAAGUCUAUGAGAGUACAAGGUUUCCCCUGGCAUCAUUGCUUGCACCAAAAACCAUGGCCACCGGUCUUCAAAGACCACCCAUUCAGCCCCGCUGUGUCACAGCAGCACCCGACUUUCAGCUGGCAAAGUUUGCAGCCAAGCCCAAGACUGAAGAUACAAAACGGACUAUGCUUUUGGUGUCGUCGUCGCGGUACCAAGAGCCAUGGAAAAGAGUGCUCUCCAGCAAGCAGCUACCAGCCACACCAGACGAGCGUUGCAAUCGCUUUGCAUACAUAUGA